GUGCUCCCGCCGCCCGGAAGCCGAAGCUGCAGGCCGAGCCCGGCGGUGCCAUGGCGGCUCUGGCCCUGGCAUCGAUAUCAUUUGAAGAUUUGGCUGUGACCUUCACUGAGGAAGAAUGGGAACAUCUGGACCUGGGCCAGAGGAACCUGUACCAGGAAGUGAUGCUUGAGACCUACCAGCUUCUGGUCUCACUGGGAGACCAGGUGAGACUGGCGCCCCCCACGCCCGGCACGCCCCUGCCAGCCCUCCCCGCGCAGCCCCGGCUCCUCGGACUGCCGUCGCAGCCGCUGGACCGGCGCGGGACGCCACCACCGGAGCCCUGCAGCCCUCCCCUGCCCCACGGCCUCCACCCGCCUGCCUCCCCGCCCACAGAAUGGUGUGGGGUGGAUAUGGAGUGCUUGAGUACGACGUGGCCGCUGGCGGGGCAUCCCCAAAUCUGUGCGGGAGCCAAGCCUGGGGACUGCGGGCCAGAUCCCGUUCAGGCCUCUGCGGGGCGGCCCCACCGGUGCCCAGAGUGCGGGAAGGGCUUCACGCGGCGCUGCCACCUCACAGAACACCGGCGCGUGCACACCGGGGAGCGGCCGUACGUGUGCGGUGACUGCGGCAAGGCCUUCACCCACCGCUCCUCCUUCGCACAGCACUGCAUGACGCACGGUGGGGCCAAGCCCUUCCCGUGCGGGGAGUGCGGGAAGUCCUUCUCCUACCGCUCCUCGUUCGCGCAGCACGCACGGGCGCACGCAGGCCCGCCGCCAUUCGCGUGCGGACAGUGCGGCCGGGCCUUCGCCCAGCGCUCGGCCUUCGCCCGGCACCAGCGCACGCACACCGGGGAGAAGCCGUACGCGUGCGGGCUGUGCGGCCGGGCCUUCGCCCAGCGCUCGGCCUUCGCCCAGCACCACCGCACGCACACGGGCCGCAAGCCCUUCGUGUGCGGGGUCUGUGGCAAGGCCUUCUGCGACAACUCCUCGCUGGCGCAGCACCUGCGCAUCCACACGGGCGAGAAGCCCUACGUGUGCGGCCAGUGCGGCAAGGCCUUCACGCAGUGCUCCACCUUCCUCCGUCACCGGCGAACGCACACAGGCGAGAAGCCCUACGCCUGCCCGCACUGCGGCAAGGCCUUCAGCGCCAGCGCCGCGUUGGUGCAGCACCUGCGCGUGCACACCGGCGAGAAGCCGUUCUCCUGCGGCCAGUGCGGGAAAGCCUUCGCCCACCAGUCCGUGCUCAUCCGCCACCACCGCAGCCACAGCGGCGUGCGGCCGCUGCAGUGCCACCACUGCGCCAAGGCCUUCUUCUACUCCUCAUCCUUCGUGCGCCACAUGCGCGUGCACACCGGCGAGAAGCCCUUUGUGUGCGGGGACUGCGGCAAGGCCUUCACCCAGAACGCCAACUUCCUCCGCCACCGCAGGACGCACACCGGCGAGAAGCCCUUCGUGUGCCGGGACUGCGGCAAGGCCUUCAGCGACAACUUUGCCCUGCAGCGGCACGUGCGCACGCACACCGGGGAGAAGCCCUUCCAGUGCGGGGACUGCGGCAAGGCCUUGGGGCACAGCACGUCCUUCAGGCACCACUGCACAACUCACAGUGUGGUGUAGAUGCCGCCCGCCAUCGCUGCAGUCUCCAGCGGGGUUGCCAGGACUUGGGCUGUGUGCGGUCCUGAGAAUUGCUUCUGCCCACCCAGACCUUGUGUGCCAAGCCUCAACGCCGUGCCUCUGCCUGAGCUGUUGUGCUCAAGGCUGGUGCAUUACCAC